AUGGUCAACAAUCUUAUACUUUCUGCUGACCCUCUGCUGAACAUAACUUUCCACAUACCCGUGUACAUUGGAACCCCCAGGAACUGGGCCAAGGGCCAGCCUGCCACUCAGUCCUCCACGUACCCCCAGUGGGGCACCAUCUACAGCCGAGCAGGUAGUGCCGUAGAUGGCAACCGCGAUGGAGACUGGCGCCAUGGCUCCUGCAGCCAUACCCUGGCGGAGGAAGAGCCCUGGUGGAGUGUGGAUCUGGGUGCCUUCUAUGCCAUCUCGGCCGUGGUGGUGAAGAAUCGCCAGGAGUGCUGCUCCGGACAGCUCAAGGGGGCCCAGAUCCGCGUGGGAGAGUGUGGGGUCAGCCACGGCAAGUGCAAUCCAAUCUGUGGGACCAUCUCCAAUGGCAGCGCCGGCUCCCUCAGCAUUAUCUGCUGCGGUGGACUACGAGGGCGCUACGUGACCGUGGUCAUCCCUGGCCGGGCAGAGUACCUGACUCUCUGUGAGCUGGAGGUCUACGGCUCCCAAAGCUUCAACAUCAUUUUGUAUCAUGUUGGGACCUGGCCAACUCUUGCUGUGGCCCCCCCCCCUGAUUGGCUUGGACCUCCCCAGGAGGAAGGGGAUAAAACCAGGGCUGGCCAGAGGGAGGUCCAGGGCUCAGCUGAAGCACCUGUCAGGUGGAAAGAAGCUGUGGUUGCUCACCCUCCAGGAAGGAACAUCCAGACCUUUGGACAUCGCCAAAGAAGGAUGAUCGCUCGCCUCGUCUGGGGAUGUCUGCUGGCCGUGACCCUCUUGGCAGGCCCUGCAGCAGCUCAGAGGUGCAGACCCUUGCCCACCGGUGUAAAGGGAAGAAACCUGGCCUGGGGGAAGCUGGCCCAGCAGUCGUCCAUACACCAGCAUGACAUCGUUGGCUCAGCAGACAAAGCCGUGGACGGGAACUGCAACGGGGACUGGUACAACAAAUCCUGCACCCACACCAAGAAGGAGAAAAACCCCUGGUGGUACGUGGACCUGGGAGAGUCUCAUAAAAUCUCCGUGGUGAUAGUGAAAAACCGCGUGGACUGCUGUGGCGAAAGACUGUAUAGAGCUGAGGUCCAUUUAGGAGACUCUCUGAAGGACCACGGCAGGUCCAACCCUCGCUGCGGGACUAUCCUGAACACCAGCCCGGGCUCCAUCACCACCAUCUACUGCAAUGGGCAGCGAGGCCGCUACGUCAGUGUCCACUUACCCAGGGUGGACUACUUGACCGUCUGUGAAGUGGAGGCCUACCGCGCUUAGUAGCCACGCCGGACGUUGGGGGAGAUCAACGCUCCUCCUGCAAAAUGUGAAAUGCUCUCCAAAUAAAUCCCGGUCAAUAGGCUAAAGAGGCAUUCCUCCGCUUCUUCCGAGUCUUGGUCACUCAAGGGAGGGGAGAGUUGCCCCCUCCCCUUCUGCAAAGGCCAGGCCAUCUGCUGGUAACCAGGACGGA